AUGGCCUCGACGAGCACCAUCCUCCGCGCCGCGCGGCCUAUGUUCCGCCAGUCCGCCAUCGCCUCGCCCGCCCGGCAGGCCUUUACUCGCGCGACCCAGCAGUCGCAGCACGCGCAGAUGAUGCGCUUCCGCUUCCAGAGCCGCCGGUGGCAGAGCUCCGAGGCCGGCGCCGGCGCCGGUGGCGCCGGAUCCCAGUCGCAGCAACAGCAGCAGAGCUGGUUCAAGCGCAUGUGGGAGAGCGAGAUCGGUAUCAAGACGGUGCACUUCUGGGCUCCCGUCAUGAAGUGGUGCCUCGUCAUCGCCGGCAUCUCCGACUUUGCCCGUCCCGUCGAGAAGCUCUCCUUUACGCAAAACUUUGCCCUGACCUGCACCGGCCUCAUCUGGACGCGCUGGUGCCUGAUCAUCAAGCCCAAGAACUACCUCCUCGCAGCUGUCAACUUCUUCCUCGGCCUCGUCGGCAUCGUGCAGGUCAGCCGCAUCAUGCUUGCCCGCGGCGUCACCGCUGAGGUCAAGGAGGCCGUGGAAGAGGCCAAGGAGGAGGUCAAGGAGCAGGUCAAGGCGUGA